AUGAUCACCAUGUGUGAAGCCCAUGCUAAAUUUGCCAUUGACUGUUUCCGCCGGCUGGCUGAAGAGCACCCAUGUGAUAACCUCUUGUUCUCCCCUGUGAAUACUGCCUCUGCCCUGGGCCUGCUUGCCUUGGCAUCUGGAUGUGAGCAGGCAGCUGACAUUGAGAAGACACAAGAGAAAAUUGUUGUCUGCCCCAAACAAAGAGCUCAACCUGAACCAGCAUGUCCUCAACAAAGACCUAGACCUGAGCCAAUAUGUCCCAAGCCAAGACCCUGUCCUGAACCAACCCCUCCUGAACAAAGAUGCCCUAAACCAAGACCCCGUCCUGAACCAGCAUGUCCUGAACCAGCCCAGCCACCUUGUCCAGAAAGAAAUGUUCCAGAAUAUGAAUGUGAAACACCUCAAGGAGUCCAUACCGCAUUUAGCAAAAUCCUGGCUACUCUUCAUGCACCCAGCACCAACUAUGCUCUGAGUUUUGCCAACAAACUCUAUGGAGACCAUGCCAUUGCCUUCAUCCAGAAAUUCAUUUACUGUGCUCUCAAACUGUACUGGACAGAUGUGGCUGGAGCUGAUAUCCACAAUGCCCCAGAGGAAGUGAGGAGAAUCAUAAACCUUUGGGUUGAGGUCCAGACCCAUGGUAAAAUCAGGGAUCUCUUCCCCAAGGACAGCUUCGACUGCCUUGCCCAGCUGCUGCAGGUGAAUGCUCUCUAUUUCAAAGGACAAUGGGACGUGAAGUUUGACAAAGAACUCACUGUGGAAGCCCCCUUCUAUUCACACCAUGCCGAUGCGAAGAGAGAUUGCCAGACUGUGCUGCUGAUGAACAGGAAGGGCAUCUACAACACUGCAAUGGUUGACAUCUGUGGUGUUGAGGUGCGAGUCCUGGAGGUCCCCUAUAAGGACAAUGAAAUGAGCUUCUUUGUACUGCUCCCAACUGACUGUAGCCCUGAGGCUCUCCAACAGCUGGAAGAUUCACUUACCCACGAGCACCUACUCAACUGGUCGUGUCAGCUGAAGCCUGCCGAGGUGGACGUGUUCAUCCCUAAAUUCAGCUUAGAGAAGAGCCUUUAUUCCAUUGAAUGUUUGGAUCUGCCAAAUCUCCAAGAUCCAGAAAAAGCUGAUUUCUCUCAAGCAACUACCACUGAGGGAGUGGCCCUCACUCAGCUGGUCCAUGAUACCUUCAUUGAGAUUGAUGAAGAGGGUGGUGAGGAACCAGAGGCUCGCCGUUGCCCCAGGGAUAGGCGCCCACGUCGGGAAGCUGUGGAGGUUGUGGCUGACCAUCCUUUCCUGUAUUUCAUUCUGCACAAUUGCACCCAAAGCAUCCUUGCCCUUGGCAGGUUUGCUAAACCAGAAUAG